GGCAAACAAAGCCCUAGUUGCUCUCUCCUUUUCCCCACCAACAGCGGCACCUUGCUGCCUUUUGUUUCCUCCAACAACAGCCCUAGCUGCUAUCCUUUUCUUGGCAGCACCGUCGGAGCUAACUGAGACGGCCAGCGACAAACCCUAGUUGCUGCCCUCUUCUUCCAGCAACCAUAGUGAUCCAUAAAAGACACGAGCUCGAGUGGAGCGCGGUGACCUGCCGACACCCGCAUAUUUUGCUGUAUAUAAGUUUUGCAGGCACGGGAAUUCUUUUGAUAUUAUAGUUGAUUUUGGACUUCCAUAGAGUUGCUCAGAGAUCUUGACGUGCUAAUUUUUCUGCACUGUGAUUUCUGAAAGAUGUGGAGGAAAAAAGAUUGGAGCUUGCUCAUCCUCUAUCUAAUUCCAUGCUUGAUCUUCUUCAGUGCGCCCAGGACUUGUGCUGUCGACUACACAUCUGACUGCAGUGGAGGCAACUAUAGUCGAAGCAGCGGCAUCGGCGAAAGCCUCACGCUCCUCUUCUCCUCUCUCAGCUCACUGUCUUCGAGCUCCAACUUCGCGAAUACUACCGCGACUGCGAGGGCCAACGCCGACACUACUGUCUAUGGCUUGUUCAUGUGCCAAGGGGACCUCCCUCGUUCAGACUGCUACAAUUGCAUCAAUUCGGCAAUCCUCGACAUCAACCAAAGCUGCUCCAACUCGCGCAGCGCCACAAUUUGGUAUGAAUUCUGCGAGCUCCGGUACUCCGACAUCAACUUCUUCUGCAUCCCUGUCACCGAGGGGCACUUCACUACCAAUCCUUACGAGGAAACAAGCUCGACAAAGCCUUACCAGGUGGUGUCGACCCUGGUGCAAUUGGCUCCCUCAAACAAGCCUCUCAUGUUCGCGAGCAAUGUGUCGAACAUGUACCCCUUAUUUGCUCAGGCACAGUGCUCGUCGGAUUUAAGCGUGCAAAACUGCAGCGUGUGCUUGACGACCAUCUUGGCGACCAUCAACGGCUGCUGUGUUCAACGGAAAGGGUGGAGGUACUUCACUCCCACUUGUUGGGUUAGGUACGAGCCAACUCCCUUCUUUGGCAACUACCCGAACGCAACUUCUCCAUACAUCGUCCGGAGCCAAUGCGCAUCGUAUGACUUCCUCUCCAGCGAGGUCAGCAGCAAGCAAGACAGCCUCAGAAGCCUCCUCUCUGAUCUACAAUCCAAUGCACCUGCAACUGGCUUUUACAAAACGUCGGUGGGCGAGAAUUCUCUUCGGAUGUUUGGCCUCGCUCUCUGCAGGGGAGACCUCGCCGCAGACAGCAGGGAGUGCAGUGAUUGCCUUGGCACAGCAGGGGCUGCGAUAGUGGACGAGUGCCCCAACAAGACUGAAGGGUUCAUGUGGUAUGGCCAGUGCUUCGUGAAGUACUCAGACCAAAAUUUCUUUGGCACUCUGGACAACAGCAACUACACAUACUGCAGCAGAGGACUGGUCUCCCAAGAGAUUGAUCAGACAACGAGUGCAAAGGCUCUCAGCCUCAUUCCACUGGCAAUCAACAACUCCUGGCUGUUUGCGGCCGGUAAGGUUGCGAUCAACGACACGUUGUCGAGCUAUCUGCUGCUUCAGUGCACCAGAGAUCUUACCAGCCAGAGCUGCCAGUCAUGCUUGGAGAUAGGGAUCUCUCAAGUGACCGAUGCGUGCAACCAGAUCAAAGGGUGGCAGUACUUGUCUGGCAGCUGCACUGUGAGAUAUGAAACCUUUCCUUUCUAUAAUGAAACAGCUGCAGCCAGAAUUCUUGAGCUGCAGCCAGAAGAAGGAAGAGGAUCAUCAAACGUUAACGCCAUUGCUAUUGCUCUUCCAAUUGUGGGAGCUGCAGUCUUGGGAGUCCUUCUCUGUUGUGCAUGGUGCAUAUGGAGAAGAAGAGGAAGUAAAGGCCUCAAGCCAAUUGAUCUGGAGACUCUGCAAGAUAGAGACUUAACCUUCAUGGAUUUGGAUACCAUUCAAGUGGCUACCAACAACUUCUCCAAUGAGAACAAGCUAGGAGAAGGUGGAUUUGGACCUGUUUACAAGGGAGUGUUGGUUGAUGGAAAAGAGAUAGCCGUCAAGAGGUUGUCGGGAAAAUCUAAACAAGGUAUUUCCGAGUUCAAGAACGAGGUGAAGCUGAUUGCACAACUCCAGCACAAGAAUCUUGUGAGGAUAUUGGGGUGUUGUUUCGAAGAGGAAGAAAAGCUUCUGAUCUAUGAAUACCACCCCAACAGAAGCCUUGAUGCCUUUCUAUUUGACCGAAAAAAGCACGAGCCGUUGAAUUGGAAGAGUAGAUUUCUCGUAAUCUCAGGAAUCGCCAAAGGCCUUCUCUAUCUCCAUGAAGAUUCACUUCUUAAGGUCAUUCACAGGGACCUUAAAGCUAGCAAUGUGUUAUUGGACAAAGGCAUGAACCCCAAAAUAUCAGAUUUUGGCAUGGCAAAGAUCUAUAACCUAGAUGAAAGCGAAGUAGAUAACACACACAGAAUUGUUGGCACUUUUGGAUAUAUGGCUCCAGAAUAUGCGAUGGACGGGAUCUUCUCUGUGAAAUCCGAUGUGUUUAGUUAUGGUGUUCUCCUCUUGGAAAUCAUAAGUGGCCAAAGGAAUGGACGAGCAUAUGUAGAGCAACAUGGGCAAAGCCUUCCCAUGCAUGCAUGGGAGCUAUGGAGCGCGAACAAGGCAUUUGAAGUCAUUGACUCAUUGCUUGCGAAUCGAUACGAAGCCGAUCAAGUAUUGAAGUGCAUCCAUAUAGGUCUCUUGUGUGUUCAAGAGAACAUAGAGGAAAGACCCACCAUGUCGGAAGUUGUCCUUGUGCUACGAAGUGACCAUAUCACACUUCCUCAACCUACACAACCUCCAAAUUUCAUUAAGAAGAGUAGUCAAUUGGAGAGUCCUCAUUCUUCUCCUAUGAUUCCAUCAUCGCUUCACUCUAUCAAUGAAGUGACCCAGUCGGAUGCCAUUCCUCGAUAGAAAAGAGAAAAUUUGAAGAUGUAAGCAUAAUGACAAUGAAGUGUAGUCUUAAGUUGUCGAAUGCAUCAAACUCUCUGAGUCCGCUAGGUCCACGCGAUCGAGUCUACACCAUAACUUGUGCUGUCAAUUUCACAACUAAUUGCAGUGAAGACCGAUAUGAUCAAAGCAGCGGCUUCGGUGAAAGCCUAACCAGCCUCUUCUCCUCUCUUAGGUCACUCUCUUCCACCUCCAACUGCGCG